AUGAAAAAAAAACUGUAUUCUUAUUUAUUUGUAGGUGCUCCUAAUGUUGGUCGACAUGAAUUACGUCGUCGUCUCCUUCAAACCGAACCAAAUUUAUUCGAUGUUGCAAUUCCACAUACAACACGUGCUCGUCGUGAACAUGAAAUUCCUGAUAUUGAUUAUCAUUUUGUAUCAGAAGCGGAUUUUUUAGCAAAAGUAGCAUGUCAUUCAUUCGUUGAAUUUGGUCAAUAUGAUCGCGAUUUAUAUGGAACAUCGAUUGAAGAUAUUCGACAUGUUGUUUGUCGAAAAAGAAAAAUUUGUAUAUUAAAUUUAAAUCCAGAUGCAAUACGAACAUUUGAUAAAACGGAACUUUAUCCAUAUAUAAUUUGUAUUGCAGCACCAUCAUUUGAACGUUUAAAACGUUUAGAACUUGAUCGUCGUGAUCAUUUAACUGAUAAUGAUUAUCGAGAAAUUAUACGACAAAGUCGUUCACUUGAACGACAUCAUCAUUUAUUAUUUGAUUAUAUUAUAAUAAAUAAUGAUCUUGAUCGUACAUACACUGAAUUGCGUGAAGUUAUUGUACGUAUACAACAAGAUGAUCAACAGUGGGUACGAACAUGUUAUCGACAAUCAUAA